UAAAGCUGUUUACAAACCGCCGGUCAACAACUAAAGAAGGAGAGCUGGUACCGGGUGUUGAUGUUGGUUGUCCGCUCAAUGAGUUUGUAGAACAUUGUCAUAUUUUCUGCUGUAGUUUAUCAGUAAAUAUUCACAUAAUAACCGGUUUUAACGAGUGUGUUUCGCUGACAAACCGCCGGCGGGAAGCUGUGUUUGGAACCUGCCCAUCCAACAUGGCGGCGGUUGACGUGGAGGACGAGAGUAUUCUGGCGUCGAUCUUUAAGGACAGCUUCCCGGACAGCUGGAGGGACAACCCGGACUUUACUGCCUACCUGUCCGAGUUGAGUUCCUUCGGGGUGGAGAAGCUGAGCCGGGAGCCGGAGCGGCUGGCGGAGGAGCGGGCUCAGAUCCUGCAGCAGACCCGGGAGCUGGCCUUCUCCAACUACCAGACCUUCAUCCGCACUGCCGACUGCACCGAGCACAUCUACCGGGACUUCGGCCGGGUGGAGAGCAGCGUGUCCCGGCUGCUGGACAAGCUGCCCGGCUUCGGGGAGAAAUGCAGGGGGUUCAUGAAGGAGGCGGAGGAGAUCGGGGCCAGUCGUCGGAUGAACAGCCUGACGCUGAACCGUCACACCGAGAUCCUGGAGAUACUGGAGAUCCCUCAGCUCAUGGACACCUGCGUCCGGAACGGAUACUACGAGGAGGCUCUGGAGCUGGCUGCGUACGUCAAGAGGCUGGAGAAGAAACACUCGUCGCUCCCCGUCAUCCAGGGUAUCGUGCGUGAAGUGCGUCAGUCGACUCAGCUGAUGCUCAACCAGCUGUUGCAGCAGCUGCGCAGUAACUCGCAGCUUCCCGUCUGCCUGCGUGUGAUUGGCUACCUGCGGAGGAUGGACGUGUUCACGGAGGCGGAGCUGCGGGUAAAGUUCCUGCAGGCUCGCGGCACCUGGCUGCACUCCAUCCUCGCCGCCAUCCCCGAAGACGACCCCUAUUUCCACAUCACCAAAACCAUCGAGGCCUGCAGGGUCCACCUGUUCGACAUCAUCACCCAGUAUCGGGCCAUCUUCUCUGAUGAGGACCCGCUGGUGCCCCCAGCCGGUGGGCAGGUGGCGGUGAACGAGGGCGCCAUCUUCCACGGCUGGGUGGUGCAGAAGGUGGCGGAGUUCCUGGAGACUUUAGAGAGGGACCUGCAGCGGGGCGUGGGGGGCCGCCUGGACUCCCUGCUGGGUCAGUGCAUGUACUUCGGCCUGUCCUUCAGCAGGGUGGGGGCGGACUUCCGUGGGCAGCUGGCGCCCAUGUUUCAGCGGGUGGCGGCGGAGACGUUCAGCAGAGCCGUGCAGGAAGCCGUGGACAAGUUCCAGGAGGACAUGAACCUGUACACCCUGAUCGCCCUGCCCUCUGUGCUGGGAGGGACCAUCCCGCCCGUGGCCCCCAGCACCCAGCCCGGCACCCUGCAGCCCCCCAUGUCCCUGCUGGACUUCCAGCCGCUGGCCUGCUUCCUCAACAACAUCCUGACCGCCUUCAACGACCUGCGGCUCUGCUGCCCCAUUGGCCUCGCACAGGACGUCACCAGAUGUCUGGAGGACGCUCUGAAGAAGGUGACCCGGCAGAUUCUGGUGUUCCACCGGGCGGAGGAGUCAGCCUUCAGCAGCAGAGAGAAGGAGCUGUUUGUUCAGUUCUGCUGUUCAUACGCUGAAGAUCUGCUGCCGUUCCUCAACCGCUGCCUGCAGGUCCUGUUUCCUCCGGCUCAGGUCGCUCUCAUCCUGGGUGUUCCUCCGACUCAGCUGCACAAGUACGACAGUCUGGGCUGCAUCAACCUCGCCGCCAUCCUCGAGCCUCUGGAGUUUGUACUUCCACAGAGGGAGACGUUAGCUCUGCCACCAGCACCCGAGGUCAAUAUCGCCGCUGAACUGAGCAGCCUGACAUUUGAGACACAGCCAGAACCAGUAACAGAUCCAGACCCAACACUGACAUGGUCCAGUCCCAGAGACCCUGAGUCUGAGGCCAGAGCUGAACUCACGGUGCCAAAGUCUGAGGAGCGAGAUGAGGAGACGAUAGAGGACGAGGAGUUUUCUUUGGAGUAACAGACUCUGUUGAUUCAGGACUUAUAUUUUUCUGAGUUUCUGAUGGUGAACUGAGUCUCUGUGGGGUUUUGGGUCUGACUGAAUUGUUGUGGACUCUGGGACCUGGUGAUGGAAUUUUUAUUUUGUCAGAAUAUUAUGCACUAAAUGAUAAAUUAAAAAUAUUUGUACAUGAGAAA